AGGAUUUGCCAGGGGGUGAGGCACUUCACUUCCAGAUUUGGUGAACUCUGUCUGCUGACGGCCGGAAGAGCCACAAGGCCAUAAAAGAUCGUCCAAAAGCCGGUGAGAUUUAAUUGUUUAGGAGCAAGACCGGGUGACUCCCCUCUGGAAUGUGAUCAGACCAAGCUCAUUUCUGAUCAGGGUGGAGUCAGAAGAAUGGCGAGUCAAUGGCGCAGACACCCAGGGAGCCAUGCAGGAGUUAUUCUUAGCAACCAACCACAACCACAGCCCUGUUCCCGUAAUGAACACAUUACUCAAUUGAACUGCAGUCUCUUCUCCAGAGGAGGAAUGAGGAAGAAGAAAAGGAUUUCAGGAGGAGGAACCUGAGAUGUCACGUCAAACUCAGCCACUAUAAAGAAACAGACACCUCUGACAUCUGACACUCAAGCUGGAUGAUACACACACCAUUAGAGGACCCAAGCUUCAACUUGACUACAAAGAUGAAUCACUUUCUGUGUGUGCUGGCUGCGGGUCUUUACCUGUACAUGCAAUGUCACGUAAAUGCAGAAUCUCGUUUGAGCAGGAGUGUUAUUGAGAAAGCUGUGGUUGCGGCCAAGGCCACUGUGGACAAUACUUAUCUGACCUCCCGAAAAGAGAGCAUCGCACGUGUGAGGAGGAAUACAGCAAAUCCUUCGGACAUACUGCGGUUGCUGAAGCAGCCUGCUGGGCUGACCCGCAAUGCUGUGCGGGCUGCAGACUAUAUGGACAUCACUGUGUCACUGCUCAAGGGAUCUCUGCAAAGACGCCAAAAACGCUCCAUCAACACCACAGAUCUGAUCUCUGAAGAGGAUCUGCAGGUCAUUGCUAAACUGACAGGCUGCUCUCCCCGGGAUCGUGCCCCUUCCUGCAGCACCACUCCAAACUUAGACAAGUUUCGCACUGCGAGCAAUGUCUGCAACAACAGAAAACACCCUCGCUGGGGGUCUGCUAACACACCUUUCACCCGCUGGCUUCCUGCUGAGUACCAGGAUAAUAUCUCUCUGCCCAAAGGAUGGGACCCUAAGCAGAAGAUCAACAAUCAUUUGCUGCCAUUGGUGAGGGACGUGUCCAACCGUAUUAUUAGCACAGCUAAUGCUGAUGUGGAGAGUGACCCAUUGUACACUUUCAUGGUGACAAUGUACGGCCAAUGGAUCGACCACGACCUGACCUUCACUCCUCAUUCUCCUGCCAUCAGCUCAUUCAGUAAUGGUAUCAACUGUGACAAGAGCUGCGAACGCACAGAACCCUGUUUCCCCAUCAAGAUCCCCAGUGGAGACCAACGCUUCGUCAAUCACUCAGAAGAAUGCAUGCCCUUCUUCCGCUCAGCAGCCGGUUGUGGUUCUGGCAACACAGGUCACCUCUUCGGUGCCAGCAAUGUUCGUCAGCAAAUGAACGCUAUCACAGCUGUCAUUGACGUGGGCCAGGUGUACGGUUCAGAUCAUACCAAAGCUCGCUUCCUCCGUAACCUUUCCAAAAAGAGCGGCCUUUUAAGGGUCAACACAAAGUACAAAGACAAUGGCCGCGAGCUCCUGCCGUUCUUCGUCACAGGUGCCAACAUCUGCGCGACACGAGCCCGCAUUACUCAAAACGUCAAUGCUGAGGAGGUGCCCUGCUUUGUGGCUGGCGAUGAACGCACCAAUGAGAACAUCGCUCUGACCUCUCUGCACACACUGUUCAUGCGUGAGCACAACCGUCUGGUACGUGCCCUGGCAAAACCCAACCCUCACUGGGACGGAGAGAGACUCUACCAGGAGGCCCGCAAGAUCAUGGGAGCAUACUUUCAGGUUCUCACCUACAGAGACUACUUGCUCCACAUUGUCGGUCCAGACUUAAUUGCGAAGCAGCUGUCCACCUACCCUGGUUAUGAUGAACAAGUGGACCCCAGCAUCUCCAAUGUGUUUGCCACAGCUGCCUACAGAUUUGCUCACCUGAUGAUUCAGCCAUUUAUUUACCGUUUUGAUGAGAAAUACCAGGAGCACCGUGAUUAUCCCAGCCCGCUACUGCACAAAGCCUUCUUCACACCAUGGAGGCUGAUCUUUGAAGGUGGUUUGGACCCAAUCCUGCGGGGGCUAAUAGGCCACCAGGCCAAGCUGUCUUCACAGAAACACAUGAUGCCUGAGGAGCUCAGGAACAAGUUGUUCAAGUUCUCCAGUGAUUUGGCGCUUGAUCUGGCCGCUCUUAAUUUGCAGAGAGGCAGAGACCAUGGACUCCCAGGAUACAACAAAUGGCGCAAGCACUGCGGGCUCUCGCAACCCAAAAAUCUGACAGAGCUGGCAAGUGUUUUGAACAACACAGAUAUGGCCAAGAAACUUCUGGAUCUCUAUCACACACCUGACAACAUCGACGUGUGGAUGGGAGGAGUGGCUGAGCCGUUUGUCCGUGGUGGUAGAGUGGGACCCCUCUUUGCCUGCCUAAUUGCCACUCAGUUCCAGAAGAUCCGCCAGGGAGACCGACUUUGGUGGGAGAACAACGGAGUCUUCACUGACGCUCAGAGGGCGUCCCUGAGGGAAACAUCACUUGCCCGCAUCAUCUGUGACAACACUGGUAUCACUGAGGUACCUAAAAGACCCUUCCAGUACCGACCUCGUGGGUCAGGAUACACUCAGUGUAAGGACAUCCCUGCCUUUGACCUCAGCCCAUGGAAUGAGGAUGGAGUCCCAGCCACCCCGAAACCCACUAAACACCCUCACAUUGACAACAAAGUUGCCUUCUCUGUGCGACUGGGCAACAAUUUUCCUGAAGCUGGCAUGCCAAUUUCAUUUCAUGAGGUAAUCUACAAUGGACAGAAUAGCUAUGAUGUAUCGACAGGGUAUUUCACCUGUGCGCAACCAGGUGUCUAUGAGUUCCAGUUCCACUGCACAAUCUUCCAGAAAGCUGCGAGCGUGGAUCUGAUUCAUAACGGAAAACUGAUUGUGCACUCAUUCACCACCCGGCAUAGCGGCUACAUCACAGCAAGUGGCAACGCGUAUAUUAAGCUUCAGAAGGGAGACAAGGUCUGUCUGUUGGCCAACCAUGAUGGCAAUGGUCUGACCAGUGACAGCUUCUUUUCAGGGCAUCUGCUGUUCACCGAGUCAGAGACUGCUGACACAACUGCUUCUCCUUGACAUCCUCAAAAGACUGCACCUUCGAGUGUAGUAGAGCAACGCUGAGUUUGUUGAAGUCGCAAAUUUCUGUUCGGAACUUUGUUGACAGAAAGCAAAGUGUCUAAAAAAGCUUAAGUUUAAGACAGUUUAAAAGCUUUAUAUGGAAUGGUCAAAUGUAAAAAAAAAAGAGGUCAGUAGUUAUCACACAUUUGUUUAUGUGUGAUAACUACUUUGUUUAUUUGUCUGUGGAAAAAUGUGAAAAAAGACAGGACAUUAUCUGACUUGAUAUGUGUUACAUCUGAAAAGUGAAUCUAAUAAGUUAAUUAAGCUAAAACUGCAAAAGGCUGUAUUUUUUGCUGAUCUUUCGGGGCACUCUUUUAUUUCUUCCAAAAGUAAGUGUAUGACUUUGAGUCACUUUAUUCCGGACAUUAUUCAUUCUUGUUGUAGAGAUUAACUUCUGCAUCUGAAAGACAAUUAUGAUGAUACAGAACAAAUGGAAGAUCAUGUUUGUAAGCAGGCCCAGCUGACGAUGUCUGUAGGCAGACCAGCAGAUGGCAGUGGCGUACAACUUAACAAGGACAGCAAGGCUGGCACAAGCAUCAUUUAAAGCUGCACUGUAUACAAAUGGUCAAGAAGAACUGUUUUACGGAUUUACUGUAUUUGCCAGCCAGAAAGUGGGUGAAAAGUUUAGCAAAAUGAUAAUGAUAAUGAGUAUAGGUGGAUUUGACCUGCAGUACAUCUGUGUUGCUACAAACUAGGAUAUGAAUUAAUUACAAAAUAAUUAGUAGGAAAUACCAAUUCUGAAGGAACUGCAGUGGGUUUGUUGCCUUUUGUAAAACCUGAAGCUAAACUUUGAUGAUGUCCUGGAUAUGUGUGAAGAGGCAGUUGAAGUUGUUUUAAGAGUUUGAAUGUAUGUAAACUGUAGUGUAAGCACUGUUGAAUAUCAAAUAAAGGUAAUAUUUUGUGCAUGUGUGAAAAA